GGCCGCGCCGACCGCGGAGCGCGCAGCCGAGGGCGGAGCGCAGCGCGCCGCGGCCGCGACCCCAGCGGCCCGUCCUGCCGUGCGCCGCGCCUGCUCCAGGGCCGCGGGCUGCGGCGGCGCGCGGACGGCGCUGACCUCUGCGGAGGCGCCAGGGGCUCAGCAUCGGGCCGGGGCCGGGGGGGCGCCGGGGCCGGGGGGCGGCGCUCCGGCCCGGCCCGGCCCCGCCCGAUGUCCAUGAGCGCGAACACCAUGAUCUUCAUGAUUCUGGGGGCGUCGAUCGUGAUGGCCAUCGCGUGCUUGAUGGACAUGAACGCGCUGCUGGACCGAUUCCACAACUACAUCCUCCCGCACCUGCGGGGCGAGGACCGCGUCUGCCACUGCAACUGUGGCCGGCACCACAUCCACUACGUGAUCCCGUACGACGGGGACCAGUCGGUGGUGGACGCCUCCGAGAACUACUUUGUGACGGACAAUGUGACCAAGCAGGAGAUCGACCUCAUGCUGGGGCUGCUGCUGGGCUUCUGCAUCAGCUGGUUCCUGGUGUGGAUGGACGGCGUCCUGCACUGCGCCGUGCGUGCCUGGAGGGCCGGCCGGCGCUACGAUGGCUCGUGGGCUUGGCUGCCCAAGCUGUGCAGCCUGCGGGACCUGGGCCGGAGGCCACACAGGCCCUUCGAGGAGCCGGCCGGGAACAUGGUGCACGUGAAGCAGAAACUCUACCACAACGGCCACCCCAGCCCGCGGCACCUGUGAGCCGCGCACAGGACUCGGGGCCGCUGUGCAGACGUAAACAGAACCCGUGGACGCCCAGCCAGCCAGAUGGGACUGCGGCCUCAGGCCCAGGGUGUCCUGGCCUGUGGCUGGCGGGGCUGUGGUCGCAGGGCAAGUUCAGCGGAAGGUGCUGUCUCUUCUUUUUAUAAAGGGGGUGGGGGCUGGGGGGGCUGGCCGCUGGGCCUCAGG